AUGGAUUAUAAUGAAGAUGACUUUCCUAUAAAAGAAAUAAUACAGAUGGAUGCUCGGGAGACAUCUUGCGUAGGAGAAGAUGAAGAUGAACAAAUAACUUGUGCUGAGUAUCUUCGACAAUAUGAUAUUGCUCAGCUUGCUCAAAUGAUGGCACAUAGUGCUGAAGAAUUUGUGCGUCAUGUCUGGCUCAGAGGUUGGCAAGUAGUUAAUCAUCGUAGUCUUCCUGCAUGGUUACGAGACAAUGAUUUCAUUCUUCAUUAUCAUCGUCCUCAGCUGAAUACAUUUUGGGCUUGUUUCAAGUCUAUUUUCAGAGUUCAUACAGAAACUGGAAAUAUCUGGACUCAUUUAUUAGGAUGUGGCAGUUUUUUCGCAAUUGCAAUCUUCAGCUUAGUUCAAUCAGAGGUUUUUAUACAGUGGCAAGAAAAACUUGUAUUUUCUGCAUUCUUUUUUGGUGCAGUUGUCUGCCUUGGAUUUUCAUGUUUAUUCCACACUCUGUCUUGUCAUUCAAAAACUAUUGGAAGACUUUUCAACAGAUUGGACUAUACUGGUAUAGCGUUUCUAAAUAUAGGCUCGUUUAUACCUUACUUAUAUUAUUCCUUUUACUGCAUGCUAUGGGCUAGAUUGUUUUAUAUGGUUCUGGUUGUCGUUCUCGGCACAGCAUCAAUUAUCGUGUCAAUGCAUCCAUCUUUCACUACACCACGUUAUCGUCCACUUCGAGCUGGUGUUUUCAUGGGAUUGGGCCUUUCAGCUCUUAUUCCAUGCAUACAUACUAUAAUAUUAGAUGGAUUCCUUAAUUCCAUUUUUCAAGGCUCCUUAGGUUGGCUUGUUCUUAUGGCAAUUUUGUAUUUAAGUGGAGCAACGAUUUACGCUGUUCGUGUACCUGAAAGAAUAUUUCCUGGACGUUUUGAUAUUUGGUUUCAAAGUCAUCAAAUAUUUCAUGUUUUUGUUGUGGCUGCUGCCUUAGUUCAUUAUCAUGGUUUAGUUAAACUGGCUGAUUAUCGUUUAACUGUCGGUGAUUGUAAACCUGUUGGAUUAAGCUUCUACACCGAUGAAUUUAAACUUCUUGGAUUGAAUAUAUUCUCAGAAACUGUUUAA